UGUUAGUUGGAUACGAUGCAAGAAGGCUAUAUAAUCAAAUUGUGCGAUAUAUUGUGUUAUCUGUUAAACUCCAGCUUAUUUAACGAUGGCUAAAUUCGAGUGUGUGUGUGCAGUUACAGUUAUUUUGCUGCAGUCAGUUGUUGGUGGAAAAGAAUGCUUGGAUGACGUUAAGGCAAACUGCGAGAUGAUGGUCUCUAUGUUUAGCAUAUGUACUGUUAAUAUUCAAAAUGCCGCUAAGCUCUGUCCGAAAACCUGUAACAUGUGUCAUGGCAACUGGGCAGAUUGGUCGAGCUGGUCGGGAUGCACUGUCACAUGUGGCAGCUCAAAUCAGACCAGAACAAGGACGUGCACGAACCCCCCGCCACCCAACAACGAUACAUCUUGUGAAGGGGCAUCGGAAGAGUAUAAGUCAUGUUUGAACGAUCCAUGUCCGGUCAACGGCGGGUGGUCAAUAUGGAGCGCUUUUGGGAUCUGUGACGUCACAUGUGGCAACGGAACAAUGACGAGGACCAGACAGUGUAACAACCCAAGACCUCUCAAUGGAGGAGAGGAUUGUCAGGGUCAUUCACAAAACAAUGCAGACUGUCUUCUCAACAGAUGUCCAACCCAUGGUGCUUGGACCGCGUGGAAUGAAUGGGGGUCGUGCAGUGUAACGUGCGGAGUGGGUUUGAGGAGACGUGACCGAGCUUGUGAUAAUCCCAGGCCAUCAAGUGACGGAAACCAUUGCUUUGGAGACAACAUCAACUACGAGAUCUGCUCAAAGCCAGUUUGUGCAACUUGGACAGCUUGGGGAUCCUGGAGCUCUUGUUCUGACACCUGUGGUUAUGGCCUAAGGGAGCGCUAUAGGAACUGCAGUGCAACGUCUGACAUGCAGAAUUUCUGUGUUGGGUCUGAUGUUCAAAAUGUGAUGUGCAAAACAUCAUGUAAUGAAAACAGAUCUUGGACGGAUUGGGGAUCCUGGAGCUCUUGUUCAGACACCUGUGGUUAUGGCCUCAGGGAGCGGUAUAGGAACUGCAGUGGAACGACUGACAUGCAGAAUUUCUGUGUUGGGUCUGAUGUCCAAAAUGUGAUGUGCAAAACAUCAUGUAAUGAAAACAGAUCUUGGACGGAGUGGGGAUCCUGGAGCUCUUGUUCAGACACCUGUGGUUAUGGCCUCAGGGAGCGGUAUAGGAACUGCAGUGGAACGACUGAAAAGCAGAAUUUCUGUGUUGGGUCUGAUGUACAAAAUGUGAUGUGCAAAACAUCAUGUAAUGAAAACAGAUCUUGGACAGCUUGGGGAUCCUGGAGCUCUUGUUCUGACACCUGUGGUUAUGGCCUAAGGGAGCGCUAUAGGAACUGCAGUGCAACGUCUGACAUGCAGAAUUUCUGUGUUGGGUCUGAUGUUCAAAAUGUGAUGUGCAAAACAUCAUGUAAUGAAAACAGAUCUUGGACAGCUUGGGGAUCCUGGAGCUCUUGUUCUGAUACCUGUGGUUAUGGCCUAAGGGAGCGCUAUAGGAACUGCAGUGGAACGUCUGACAUGCAGAAUUUCUGUGUUGGGUCUGAUGUUCAAAAUGUGAUGUGCAAAACAUCAUGUAAUGAAAACAGAUCUUGGACAGCUUGGGGAUCCUGGAGCUCUUGUUCUGACACCUGUGGUUAUGGCCUAAGGGAGCGCUAUAGGAACUGCAGUGGAACGUCUGACAUGCAGAAUUUCUGUGUUGGGUCUGAUGUUCAAAAUGUGAUGUGCAAAACAUCAUAUCAGCUAGUGAUGCCACAGGUUCAUUUCUUCGCACGAAUUCGGGAAGGUCAAUUGAGACUAUCGCCUGGACAGGAUAUUAUCCUCAAAACGGCGGAAAUCAACGAAGGUCAAUGUUAUGACGUGGCAUCUGGGAAAUUUACUGUCUCCGUCUCUGGAAGGUAUGCCUUCGCAUUCCAGUACUGUGUUCAGGCGAACCAAAAUGGUUACAUUGAUAUUGUGAAGCAAGGCACCACUCUGGAAAGAUCAACUUUUCAAACAAGCAAUACUGGAUAUCAGUGCAUGUUAAUGCAGACGUUCACCACGGCUGCUAUAUCCGAUCAGAUCUGGGUUAGAUCAGCACCCGACUUCAGCGGAAGUUAUCUCUUUGACAAUAUGUACACAAAGUUAACAUCGUUUUCUGGUGUGUUAAUGCUUCUGUAAUAUUCAAGCGGUCCAUGCUUUUCAUCGUGCUGAAAUUUAUGCAUGAAACGUAAAUGCUGGUAUCGUUUUACAUAAAACGGUACUGAUCUUUAUGCUUAACACCAUAACAUACCGAUAUAUGAUACAAUUCAUUACAAGAACAAGGGAACAGUGUGACAUUUUGACAUGGGUUAUGACACAAUCGUAAUAAAGAAGAGCGCUAACGUUAUGACUCCGCGAUCAGAAAACAUUCUUUUUGUUAACUUAAAAAAAGAACUUGUUUUUCGUCUAAUCGUUGUAUCUGAUAUAUGUGUAUUCGUGUAACAUACGGAACUACAAAAGUAUUGCAUGUCUAUUAAUAAAUCACCAGAUGUUUACAUUUCAAGUACUCACUGGUUAUUCUUUUUUUCUGAUAUUUAUCGUUUGGACUGACAUGUAUUAAGCACAUUAUUAUUUUAAAUUUAUCUUUAUGUUGAUCCUCCUGUUAAUGUUGGUGGUACUUAAACUACGUAUGUAUGUAGUAUUUUAAGACAUAGUUUAAAAAUCUC